AUGGAGACAAGAAAAUUAGACAAAAUUUAUGAACUAGUUUUGAGGAACAAUGCUAAAAGUCAAAAUCAAGAAGAAACAUUUCAAGAACAAGAAAUUGAGGAUGAUCCUGAUAAUGAAAGUACAUGUUCUGAUGAUUUCACUUCAGCAACAUCUCCACAAAAUAAAGAUUUAGCUGAUCUCCCUGAAGCACCAUUUCUUACUAAUAUUAUGGUUUAUUUUCACUACUUUACUAUGGUUUCUUUUGCCGUUUUUUCUGCAUGGUUAAGAUCAACAAAGAUAUUUAAAAUUAAAUAUCCUCAAGAAUUAGAAAGUCAAAAAGAAUUUCCAUCACUAGACAAUAAAUUUGAAACACUUUUUAUUAAUAGUAUUUAUAGAAUGGCAACAGAUGUUGUUAAUAGACCCAUUUCUUCUGUACCAUCUACUAAAUUAACAAUAAAAGAAAGAAUUACUAAUGAUUAUGGUUGGAGUUAUGAAUUUACAGGAUUUUCUCAAAAUUACGGUCCAUGUGCUUCAGCUGCAAUUAAUAAAAUAGAUGAAGAUGGUUUAAGUGUUUGUUCUACAAAACAUGAACUAGGAAAUACUAUACUUCAAAGAGAGGUCGAAAAACAGGUGGCAAAUUUUAUUGGUGUUGAAGAUGCUAUCAUUUUUCCAAUGGGUUUUGGGACAAAUUCUAUGAAUAUCUCUGCUUUUGUAAAUGAUGAUUGUAUUGUUUUUUCUGAUCAACUUAAUCAUAGUAGUAUUGUUACUGGAUGUAGAAUGUCUAAAGCUACAAUUAAAGUUUUUAAACAUAAUGAUCCAAUUGAUUUAGAAAGAGUUAUUAGAAAAACACUACCUUAUGGAAAUCCAAAAAAAGGUGGUUCAAAAUAUAAAAAGAUUCUUAUUAUUGUUGAAGGAAUAUAUUCUAUGGAAGGUACAAUUGUUGAUUUACCUGCUAUUGUAGCAAUUAAAAAAAAAUAUAAUGCUUAUUUAUUUUUGGAUGAAGCACAUAGUAUUGGUGCUAUGGGUCCAAAUGGUAAAGGUGUUGUUGAUUAUUUUGGAAUGGAUCCUUCAGAUGUUGAUAUUAUGAUGGGAACUUUAACCAAAUCUUUUGCUGCAGCUGGUGGUUAUAUUGGUGGUUCAAAAAAAACAAUUGAUCAUAUAAGAGCAUGUUCAAUUGGAGCAAUUUAUGGUUCUGUUUAUUCUGCUCCAAUUUUAGCACAAAUUCAAAGUAGUAUAAGGAUAAUUGAAGGUAGAGAUGGAACAAAUACUGGUCUAAAAAAAAUUAAUAAUUUAUUAAGAAAUAGUAGAUAUUUUAGAGACAGAUUAAAACAAAUGGGAUUUCAUGUAUGUGGUAGUAGAGAUUCACCAGUAAUUCCUGUUAUGACAUAUUUCAUAUCAAAAGUAGUAGCUUUUGGAAGAGAAGCACUGUUACGUAAUUUGGGUGUUGUAAGUGUUGGAUAUCCAGCAACACCAUUAACAGCAGCAAGAAUUAGAUUUUGUAUGUGUGCAGAUCAUACAAAAGAGCAAUUGGACUUAGCAUUAGAAAUUAUAGAUGAAGUAGGAACAAUGCUUGGAAUUAAAUAUGCUACAGUAACUGAAGAAAUGAGGAAUAAAAAGAUAGUUUACUAG